AUGGAGAAUUCAAGGUGGAUCCGACUUUUUUUUAUAGUUCAUUUUCUCCAAACCACGAUCGCUUCGGACGGUAAGUUAAAACUUAUUUUCGUAAUUUGUGAAUAUUACCCUUAAUUGCGAAGGUUAACGGUAAGCGCAGCGACUCCUCACGCUCGUUAUGCAAUUGGAGAAAAUUUAAUACUUGACAGAUCCCAAACUGACUCUUACGAACAGCUUGAAAAUACAACAACAACUUUUACGUAGACCGGGACAAAUAGACAUAUAUGAUUGCGGUUUGGGGUUAUGGUAAAGAGAAAUUUGAUUGAAUCCGAAUUUCUUUAUGUGACAUCAUGAGCCACAUUAUUAUAACUGACCAUUAGGUAUGAUGUCUUCAAAUCAAAACUUUUGUCAAUCAAUAUUCUAAAUUCUGUCUUCAAAAUGCUUUCCAGCAUUUUGACUCACAAAGUCUACGCCAUUCUAUGCGAAAAUAGGGCAUUUCCAUUAAGCAGUUUCGAAAUUUCUGACAUAUUUUCUUCUCGCCAGCACUUGAAUUUUUUAUAAAGUAUAUACUUGCGAGGAUGGAGUGAAACUGGUGUAACAAGAGAAUCAAUAGUGCCACCAGAAAAAUCGAUUAUUUUAGUAGCUGAAAAAAAUCUUGGUAAACAUAACUUUGACUAUAAAAAUUGAUCAUAAGAAGCAGAGGAUAUACAAUUUUAAGCUGGAGGCGUUUAUGCCAUGGUUCGUUGCUAAACGUUUGCUAUAUGAUUUUGAUAAAUUUGUUUGAAUGAGUUCAACAGACAUGCUUGAUCGCUUCAGUUACCCAAGCAACUUAGCGUGAAAAAAUUAACCUUUUACCCGUAAAGUACAAGCUGCUUUCAACUCUAAAUAACACAGUUUUUUGAAUGCAUAUUAUUGUAGAGUCUUGUAGAUGCUUUCAAGACAGACACAGAAGUUAUUAUUAAGGUUUCAGAUGAUAGGCAACUAAAACUAAUCAAAGACGGGUGUUGUCCCUCCUUGAAUUAAGUUUUGGUAACUAUAUUACACUGAUAUUAACAUAAUCAUUGAUCGAGCAGGCCUGUAAACUUUGGAAAUAAACUUUCCAUGUUCAGUUGAGCAACCCUUCAAAACUGAGGAAAACAGGACUUGAGACUAUUACAAGGAGAACCUUAGUUACGAAAUAACCCGACAAAGAUUCCGGUUUAAAAGAUUUUCUUUAAAGAUUUAACGUAGCUUCGCAUCCACAUUCUGUGCUUCCGUGCCACAUAUUCUCGUUAAAAGUCUGCACUUCAACAUGGCACAAAAAUUUUUCAAGCCUUUCGGACAAGAAAUGCUGUAUGAAAUGACUUUUGUAAAUACAGUUAACUCCCAAUGACUCGAACCCUUGCUAACUCGAACCUCGCGCUAACUCGAACCAAAGUCGAUUUCCCCUCGAUUUCCUUCUUACAUUUAUUGUAAUUUUACCCUCAGUAACUCGAACCCUAGAUAACUCGAACCUCCCGCUAACUCGACGUAAUUUUUGUUUCCCUUCGCAGCUCAUUUCUAUACAAUUUUAUCCUCGAUAACUCGAACCAUAUUAUAAGUGCGUGACAAGUUAGGAAAAAAACCGUCUACUGAAGUCCGAAACAUUGAAUUUAUUUCAAAAAAACUCAGUAAAUUCUUUGUCUUUACUUUUUUGCCAUUCCAGUUCAAAUUCAGUUGCUUAAUUACUUUUCCUUCCCAUCCAUUUGCUUAUUUCCUUCAAGCUCCCGAUAACUUGAACUUUGUUCGAUUUCUCUUGAAGGUUUGAGUUAUCGGGAGUCCACUGUAGUGUGGUUGGGUGGGUAACCCCCCUCCCCGCCCCGUCCGCACCGGCACCCGGGCAUCUCUAUCCCUGCUUCUCCCUCUUGUCUCAUACUUUAAAUGCUAUUAUCUCUGAUUCAGGUUUAUUUACAAAUUUUAUCAAAAAAAAAUGCUAAUAUCCUGCUAAAUUCAAAAUUAGGUACCUUUAUCAAUGACAGAGUAGGAAGGUGCUCUUGCCCAAAAGGUAUCUUGGAAAGACUCGAAAAAAGAUAUAUAUUAAUUUCAAUACUAAAUAUGUCUGAAAACCACUGUAAUAAAUGUAUCAAUGCAUGAAGAAACUGUGUGCUGUUUUUUUAAUGAAAAAGUGGGGCACUAUGCUAUUUCACGGUCUUUAGCAGUCAAAUAUUCCUAAUAGUUGGCUUUUAAAUCAUGUCUAUCUGCUACUGAUAAAUGUUUUGACGCGCUGCAGUAUUUUUUCGCUUGCGAUUUUCCCUUUUUUCACAGACUUCUGUAUGAUUCAACAACAGAGUUUGUCGUCUUCCGUAAAGACUUUUUUUUAGAUUUUAUCUGUCAUUCUUAAGCAAAAUUUACCCCUUUCUGUUUGACUGAGUUUGCUGCUGAGGAAGAAAAAACACUAACACUUGCUGUGAGAUAAUCUUACAUGACAGAUGUAAUGUGCUCUCCGGCUGAUGGCUUUCUGCUGUGUACUUAGUUUUCUUCACUCUUCUUUUUUACGCAGAAUCGUGGUGCGUUGAUCAUAACGCAUGCGCAAUGUACGGAGCAGAACAUUGUGAGUCAUACGACUGGAUUGACCUCAACUGUCCCAAACUAUGUGGACACUGCGGAAAGGGUGAGUUCGCUACUUUUCAAUUCUUGAAUUUUGUUAUUAUUGUCGUUUUUGAUAAAGGAGCUUUUUCACUACAAUCCAGUCAAUUUUCCUUAGUAUUGCCCGUUCGCCCUUACUUUCUUUGGAGGUUUAUGUUAGCAAACUGAAAAAACUGGUAAAUGACAAGUUCCAACUUCGAGACAAGCAAAAACGUCUGUUAGGCAUUAAAUUGAGGAAAACGUUUUUUCUGCUAGUGAUAAAAGUGGCUUAAUAGAAUUUUUCCGAGCAUUUCCAACAGAAGUCCAACAUAAGACAAACAUCCUGCAUACUGCUAAUAAUGAGAUUAACUGGAAUUGACCUUGAAAAAAUUUAAUGUUGUCAUUAAUUCGUUUUAAUCUGUUGCAUACCUUCCUAUUAGCCAUAUGUUUACGGUAGAACAUUUCAUUUUCCUACAGGAGAAUCAUUAGCUCCAAAACAGACUGAGAAAGUUGAGGGCUUUGUGGCAGCACAGCCAACAGUAAACCCCUUAGUGGGAUGGGAGGAUUCUCCCACGACUGCUCCAGACACUUCAAAGGUGGCGCUUAAUAGCAACUUCACCUACCCAAGAGUACCGCAAGGUACCACACCAUUCGCAGCAACGAAGGAAGUUGCUAAUGAGACAAUUUACCCGGAAGUUUCCGUUCCGAUUAAAGAUUUUCCAUCUUAUAACUUAUACAACAAGACGGAAAGCUUUGUCGAAUCCAUGCUUCCGGUCUCGCAGAGCACUACUUCCGGUUCACAGGUCGGCGUUUAUGACUCGUCAACGCCCCCAGAAGCACUUUCGGUUCAUACAGGUUCGCUUGAGCCCACUGAGGCACCUGUGGUUGUUAUGAAUGCUAACGAACUUCCGGUCGUACCCGUAGAGGAAGUGGAAGUCUUAGAAAUUAAGCAGACGCCUGAUUGGGUUGUGGAAGUACCACAGAGAGCCCAACCUUUAGAAAACAAUGGAGUGGAGAAUAUUAGGAUUUCCUUCAUCGAUAAAAAGAAACCAGUACCAGGAGUAAAGGAAAUUUCUAUACACCCCCCGGGGGAAGGAAAUGCGGAAAAUAUCAAGAUCUCAUUUAUUGGAAAUAAAACAUCAACCGAUGGAAAUGUAUUAUCUUUGGCACCGAAAGGAGAAGAACAUGAAAAAAUUAGAAUAUCGUUUGAAAAGGAAAAGGGAAAAGCUGUAGAGGUACCUGUUCUCGUGCAUAAAACAGAAAAUGCAGCCUCCAUAGGGACACCAAUUGUUGUGCACGAAAACGAGGGUCCUGUGGUAAUGGAAGGUCCCGCCUCCACCGGGGUACCGUUGAUAGUACAUGAAACGGAAAAUGCUGCCUCCACAGGGACACCAAUUGUUGUGCACGAAAACGAGGGUCCUGUGGUGGCCGAAGGUCCUGCCUCUAAUGGGGUACCGUUGGUGGUACAUGAAACAGAAAAUGCUGCCUCCAUGGGGAAGCCAAUUGUUGUACACGAAACUAAGAGCCCUGUGGUUACCGAAGGUCCUGUCUCUACUGGGGCACCGUUGCUGGUACACGAAACAGAAAAUGCGGCCGCAGCUGGGGUACCAUCGGUGGUACAGGAAGCCAAAAAUGUUGCCCCUAGUGAAGCGCCACUCGUUAUUCACGGAAACGAGAGUCCUUUGGUUGUCGAGGGACCCGUGGCUGUUGAAAACGCCCCACAAACAAGCGCCACUGCGCAUAUUCUGGCGACUCCAGCUCCUCCUAUGCCCACCGGCCCAGGGGUGGUCAAUCCGUUCGAGGGAGGAGUGGUUGACCAUAUUAUCAAAAAUGCCACAAAUAUGGUUCCUACCGCACCGAAUCAGAAUGUUACUGUGAAUUUUAUGAACAAUGCGGUAACUGCUGGACCUGUGACACAGCAGCCUCAUGUGACUCUGCAGCAGCAACGUAAGUAGUUACAUUGUAAUACGUAUACUUGUGACAACAGCAUUCGAGAAGGGUCCCUAUUGUUGUGCGUUACAUGUCAAAACGUAAAUGAAUGGCUUUGUGAUUUUUUUAACGGAAACUAGGAAACUUUUGCUUGUACCUUCGAACGGAAAUGAUUGUUAAUUAUUGAGCCAGCGACAGGACCUAACCUAACAAUAGAGAGAUGAAGAACUAGAGGUAAUGUAAUCAUUGAUUACGGAUCCGCGUUCGUCACUUACGGAAAAAUUACGGAAACGAAAUCGAGUCGAAAGGAGUCCGAGGUGCCCCUGAUAAAAUUAAUAGGGGCGGCUAAUUUGCAGUCGCCCUUGACAGCUCAAACAUUUCUUCCUUAGUCCCACAGGGACACCAGAUUACUAUGCGCUCUGUCGAACGCAAUUGCGUUAACGGCAAACGGCAAGGGUCAACUUGUACCAUGUGACCAAGCGUCCCGCGCGUUACUUUUCGUUUAAUCUUUCUUACAUGCAUCUGUACACAAAUAACUACGGUUUCAGAUCAGCUUCAUUCAUCAGAGUGAUUUUGCGGAGCUUUGAGCUGUUUAUUUCCUUUUACUUUUGCCGUUUGCCAUGAACGUGAUUUCCAGUGUCGCGUAAUUUUUACGUGCGUAACAUUUACGUUCGCCAAUAUGAUAGAGGCAAUGCAUGAGAGGACGAUCGUAAGCGUAAAAGUUGAACGUUGCUCAACUUAUCGAUUAAGCUCAGCUCUUUUUAUCUUGCCCCUAUUUUAUUUACGUGAUUAAAAUCAUUUUACGUGCGUUAACGCACGUUGCCAAAAACGCGUCAGUGGAAAAUCAACCUUAAGUCUCUCUUAUGUUAUUUUUCUGUGUACCCGAGACCCAAAGCCCAAAGCUUUCAAGCCCAGUUGGCAUGACUACAUAUUUAUGAGGGCUUUUAGUCCAAAUCGACUUUUCAGGUUUAAGGUUUAAGGUCUCCGUUUCUCAGUAUCACAGGAAUUAUUUCAAGUUUGUCAUGAUUAUGUAUGAAGCGAGUUUUCAAACUAAGACACAAAAUCGAAAUUACUUGAUUCGAAAUCGUGGCUUGUUUCAUCAUUUAACCAAAAAACUCGAACCUGAGAGCACCACAAACUUUAUAUAUUGGACCACUCUUCUUUAAAGCAGUAAAUCCGGCAUUAAAAUAAAUAUGUGACAUAAUCACUAGGUGUUAAAACCGGUAGAUACUUUGCGACUAAGAAAUCUUUUUUGUUUUUUGAUAAGCAGUGGUUUCUUCGCAGCUCAGCAUUCACUGUCGAGUAUCGGCUUAGUUUUGACUUAACCUAUUGACCAACAGAAUCGAUGUCUUUUACGAAAUCUUUUUGUCCUGCGAGAGAUCAAUUGUGUGCACUGAGAUCUUCUCCAGAUUUUAUAGAAAUAUUUUCUGCGUAAUUGCGGGUGGCGAAAGAUGGAUGUUUCGCGCACCGGCCAAUGGUGCAUUAAUGUUAAUGAAAGCAAGGCUCGUGGAGGUGUUUUGUGAUCUUGACGCCAUGUAAGAGCUGUGUAAAAUGGUAAAGGAAACUGUGCAAGGAAAACAUGGAAAAAACUUUAUUCUUUCACCUGCUGCUGCUGUUUCCGCUUAGGGUCUCCUCACAAAGUAAGCUUGUUGUGUCAUAAUUUGUUCGGGUAUCUCGAAAAUAGUCAAAACGUUAAAUAUGCACUGACCUUAAAUACGAUCCGAUAGCUAGGUUGCAAAAUAUAUUCACCGUACAGAUAACUUCGUUUUUGCAUUUCUGUCUUUAACAGCUAGAGUCGUUUGCAUAAGUUUAGAUCUGUCUUCAUCGAGGUGAAAUUUGCGUCAACCAGUAAUAAUCGAGGUCCGUUUGCUUUGUCACAAAAUCGAUAUUCCAGUCAUUGCAGGGAUGGGGAUUGCGUUCGUAUCUAAUGAUCUCCUUGUAUUUGAAAAAGUAAAAACCGACUAAAAAUGUGAUUCUGAUUACUAUGCCUUAUUUUAAGGUUUACUAAAUCUGAUACUCAUAUCCAUAUUUUCCAUAAGCGACCAUCGACGCCUCAGAAAAAUUUGGUUUAAGGAUGACGCCAAUUUGUCAUUAAGGUUAUCAGAUUACUUCGUUUUAGGAUCUGUUCAAUCAAAAUCAUUAAAAGGGCAAUUUUUCUUGCUAACGAGGUAGAGUUCGGUUCUGCAGGAAGGGUCAGAGUGGAGAGCUGCAUCUGAAGUAUUGGAUAAAACUCUAAUAUAAUUCUAUUGCAAACUGCGCACGCAUUCUGACAGAAAUGCUCGCCUUUGAACUAUCAUAUCGGCUUAAACAAAGUAUGGGGAGAAAAGUCGACCGGUUUUAAGCCAGUAAGAGGAUAAAAAAAUUAGAAUGCUCAUCAUUGAAUUUCAAUGAGAGUUCGCUUUUAAAUUUUCAAAUAGAAAUGUUCGAAAUGUAUGCUGAAACUGACGAAUUGCGAAAUUUUUGCUUUUCCUCUUGCCCUAAACAGAAUGAAGUUUACCGUAUUCUAUUUUUUUCAGCUGUCGAGGUACAAAAUACUACGAACUCACCAAGUAUUUAUGGUAAGUAUAGUGGUCUUAUCCGGUCAAUAGUUGAAGUCAAUAUAACUUAUGAAACAAUAAUUAACAAAUUAGUGACUACAAUAACAAAAGCUAUAAUAAACAAAAUAUUAACAAUAAGCUAUGAUAAACAAAUUAGGAAGCGUGGCCAAAAGUGGUUAGAGCGUUGGACUUGCAAUUCGGGGGCCCCAAGUUCAAGUCCCGCCUGGCUGGAUUUGUUUUCGGUAGUCCCGAGUUCAAAUCCUCUGCCAUGCUUGCGAAUAGCCAGCUGCUUUGCCUCCGUCCAAGUUGGGAUUCUUAACCCUGUUAAGUUCAAUUUGAGUUAUUUGUUUCAGCCAUUUGCUCGGCCCCACUAGCAUUUAUAGUGCUGUAAAUACUGCCGAGGGUAAAUAACGGAAUUAUUAUUAUUAUUAUUAUUAUUGUUAUUAGUUCCUCCCCACAGCUCUUUAUAGUAGAUAUUCAUGAAGAAAAGCAUCGCAAGAAACGUUCAGUGGAAUUGAAUAGUUUAUUAAUUCCAUGUGACCCUCUCCGAGCCUGUAAGGCCAAUCCAGAUCCAUAUCGAGAUGUGUGAAAUAUUCUCCGGCUAGUCAAUGUUGUCAUGGUGAUUUAUAUAGUGACAUGAGUUUUGUCUGACCCUAACCUCGUCCCCAGUGUUAUUCCCUCUCAUUUUUUUAUGGUAAAGGAUUGAGGACAAAGUUGGUCUGAGCUUAUGACACCAUAAUGACAAUUUUAGGGUUUCUGCCGAGAGGUGGAAGGAAAUCUUGCAACUUCAAUUAGUCUGCUAAUUGAGCAAGCUUUGGAACUCUCGUAUGCCAAUAAAGGCUGCACGAUUUGCAUUAAUGUGUUGGAUAAUUAUUUAGCUGACUUAGCUAAGAAGAGUUGUAUGUAAAUGGUUUACGCGUUCGUACAAAUUAUGGCAUCGAAAGAUGACGAGUCCGAAUCUCGUUGCAGUUCGAUUAUUUCAUGAUAGAAAUCUGUCAAACGAAAUUUUAAUAGAUUUGAUUUUUCGUAGAAUCAUGGUGCAACGAUGACCCAGCCUGUGGCAAUUACACAGAAAACAGAUGCAGUGAUGACUGGCUAAAAAUAAACUGUCCCAGGAAAUGCAGGAUAUGUGGCAACGGUUAGUUAAUGGGGCGUAUACCCAUGACAUCACAGCAGCCAUGUUAGUGUUCAUAGGCAACUUAAAUGGCACACCAACGGAACUUAUUUUUUAAACUUUCCAUUCCGUUUGGCAAUGCCAAGAUGGUAGGGGUCACUUGUGACAAGUGUUUGUUCUCUAAGCUUGGCGGAGACUAAUGAACUCAUGCCUCUUAGUUGCGUUUAUAUAUGGUUAAAUCCUACCAUCUUUUAUAAAUACCAACUUGAGAACUUGAAAACUAAAAAAAUCUGCUUAAAAUACCCGAGGUUACGCCUUCAGACCCCUCCUCUUAGUCAAAUUGGUUUCUUUAAGGGGCUGUAGGGAGAGCAGUCUAUAAGAAAACAUGAAGGACAUUGACUUGGUGGACUUGGUGAUUGGAGAUCUCAAAUUCUGUCGGCAGCCCUGCGCAUAGAAAGAUAAUAUUGUUUACAACUCAAGGUGAAAGCAAAGUAGUUUUAACGGCGAUAUUUUAACGUUACCAUAAUGCCUUUCCGGUCCAACUAUCGGUCACGAGAAGAUCGUAAACAUGAUGAGUAGAACCUCUUUGUUUAUCUCUCAGAGACAGCAACUGGAGGGUCAACUCCAGGCCAAGCUGCAACGGAAAAGCCUUACACCGAGCUGACCGUGACUGUUCCAUCAGAGGUAACAAAAUCUCUAGAAACUUCACGGAAACCUGUCGUGGUGAACAUCAAGGGCGAGAAUGGAAAUCCUGCCUUGGCAGAUGAGACCGAGAAAAAGGCUCCAAUGGUCGAGACGAUUGUAGUGAACUUACCCUCCAAGAUAAAAGCCGAAGAUGAAGAAAAGGCUCAGGUGAAGGUCAAAGGACCAUCAAAGAAUCAUAUUAAGGCGUCUGUGCAAAAUGGAACAACUGUACUCGAAAUACCAGAGGGUAAGAAUAAAUAAGAAGAGUCAAAACGUUCGCAAGGAAUUCUAGGUGGUCUAAUGGAAGGUACGCGACUCACCUAAAGAGCAAAUACUAGUUUACAGUUUUGGUUUCCAACCACCUGAUAAGGUGGAAAAGUAGUUUAGUUUCCAUGGUUACUAUAACGUUAGCUGUGGCCCAACCACAGAAAUUCAUUUCUUCUAAAAUGUACUUGUUUUAUCCAAAGCUGUCAUGCGUAUAUACAACCAGGAAACUACCAAAACAAGAAAAACUAAAACAGCUUGCAAAUAGAUUUAAUAUUACGCAGUACAAAAUUAGGUUGUAGACUUAACUGCGGUGGCCUAUUGGACUUUCUAUACCAGGUCUCUGACUCACGUUUUUGAUAUAGGGUCAUACAUGAACCAAUUUCAAUCCAGUAGAAUGAGUCAAACGAAACAGCAAGUGACACUCUCAUACCUCAAUACCUCACAUCACCUGAAAGGUGCAGCCAUGAGCAGCUCUGAACCCGGUUUUGACCCUACAGAACUCUGACGGUUAUGCCAUAUGCUGAUAAACCCCAGCAAGGGCAAAACCGCUGUAAGUAGCUGCCACAAUCUCGACCCCAGAGCUCUUCUGGGCAGAUUGCGUAAGCACUGGGGUCGCGAUUGAUGGCUGCCACUGCCCGGGUGAUAUGGUUGUACGCAUACUUGAGUUACUGCCAAAAAGUAGGACCGUUUCUGGCAGAAAUUUGAAUUGUGAUAUAUUUUUUAAUUUGUCAUUUUUAAGCUCCAUGGUGUAUUGACAAGACUGAAUGCUCACGAUACUCAGCAAGCCAGUGUCACGAUGACUGGGUGCAACUGAAUUGUCCCCGAAAAUGCCAGUUUUGCCGACGUAAGUAGCCCAAUCUCAGAAUAUCGUCAAUCUCAGUUUCUGUUUUAUUGAUAGUAAGAUGGUAAGUUCGUAAGAUUUUGAAUUACCCGUGAUACUCAUGAUUAUUGAUUUUUGAAAGACUUUUAUAUAUGCAUUGCGUGCCUAUGUAUCAUACGUUUGCGGUGAGCUGGGAUCUACCACAUCAAAACAUGGCGGAUGGAUUUUGGCGGACGUGGAGCGCAAAUUACAGAUCUUUCGCACCGAGGAUGUUUUAUCGUUCUUUUUGCCGACAAAACAGGCAUACACAGAACGAUGUGAUUUCUGAGCACCGACAUGAUGCACAUUUAGCGAAGGAUCCUAUAACAAUAGAAUAACGACGGACGGUGACUGCAUGACUUCACAGCUGUCCGGGUUCAACUCGUGCGAGUUUCAGCUCUCCGUUUCAUUUCAGCUGUUUGCAAAGACGACCCCGAAUGCAGUCGAUUCUCAACAGAAAGCUGCUCUAAUGAGUGGAUGAAAGCAAACUGCAAGAAAAAAUGUGGCUUCUGUGAAGGUAAGGUGAUGUAAACAACCCGAUAUGACGAGGUCGCAAGCAAGAAAUUUAAGGCUUAGAGAUUUCAUAAUCGUUUGUAAUCUGUAGCAUGAUAUACAGUACUGUAAUGGUUAUUGGCAAAUUAAUACUUUGAUACUAUUUAGAAUAUUGUGAACAUGUGUGCAUAAAUUAUCAUAAAAAGGUAAACAAUAGUAUGAAACAAACAUUUUAAGUUCAGGUUAAGGAUUGAGGCCAUUUUGUCAGAUAAAUGUACAUAAAGACAAUCUUAUUGUUAUUCGAGUAGUACCUUCUUAUUAUUUAAGCAUUUUUUAAUACAUGAUAUUACUUAUUAAGGGGAAACAGGUGAAUUAAAGUGAUGGGAUGUUAAAUAUUUUAAAUAUUUUGGUAUUCGUUAUAUAUAUUGUCUUGUGGUUUGAUUAAAAAUGAUACCUUCACAAAAAAAAUAAUUGUAUAACGCUACUGAUCAUUACUAAUCUUCUAACUCAGUAAAACUUUGAUGAAGCUUUUUUACUAACGUACUAACUGCUUCUUGCUAAUCAUGCCUUCUUAUUGUGGAUGGCCUAUUAAGUAAAAGUCUGUAAUAUUAAGAGUUUUGUCAAUCUUUUGGACACAGAAGGUUGAGGUUGAGUGCAAUUCCACACAGGUGAAUGUUGUUCUAAAUAGGAUUUUUUGUGAUGGUGGUUAGCAUUUGAAAACCUGGACAGAAGUCAUCAACAAAAUUAAGGCUUGGCAAACACUACCUGGAAUGUACCUGACAUAGUGUUACAUAUCGUAUGCUUUGUAGUGUACCUCUAGCAUUGAUGUAUGCAUGCGGAAUGUCAUAUAAUACAUAUGUUUCUUUAUAUUCUACAUGUAUGUGUGUUUAAUCAUAGAUAAACAUGAAAAAGUAGUAAAAGACUUAAAAGAUUUUUCAUUCAUAAUGUACAGUGUACAUCUGUUAGCAAGCCUACCUUUGUCAGCUUUACCAACAAUUUACAGUAUUGUCAUCUUCUCUGAACAAGUUAUUCCCACUGGUAAAAAUAAAAAAAGCGAGAACUAUGUCAAAAGGUGAUGACUUCUGCACAGGUUAUUAAAAUGUCUGUCACUGCCACUAAUGAGGCCCUGUUAGGGUAAAUUUUGACAGACGACUUGACCUUGAAACAGUGACAAAGGGGAAGUAGAGAUGGCGACAAACGACACAAAGAUGGGUUGAAACUGCGACAGCAACAGAGAAAAGUGCAAAUAUCCCUUAAAGCCCAAAUAUAUCCACAUACAAAUUCUCCAAACUGAUCUCCAUACAUUUCCUUUAAGAAUAAGUUUAGAGAAUUUGAUAAAAGAUCAAGGUAUUUUCUCUUUGGUGAGCAUUUUAUUAAUUCUCAUAACCAUUUUUCUUGCCAAUGUAUGGACAUCAUUAGGAGAAAAUUGAUGUUGAUCACUAUUGGGACUUAAAGGGUUACAACAGUGGAAUACUGGCGGACAGUGACAUGGCUCCUUGCCUUCCUCAAUACAGGAAACAACAAGUUUUGAAAUUCAGACUGGGACAUACAAUAUGUAACCCCCCUAAGAGGGCCUCACUAACAGGAAAUUUGGGACUACAUUUACGUGGACGAUUACAUUUGUAUAUUCAGCCUACUCUACCAUUAGUGUGAACAAAAAUGCUUCUGAUUGGUAACAAAAUAACAGGCACAUCAAAAGUUGUCCUCAGAAAACUGAUUUAAUUGAGCUGAGUCAAGAGACCUAAUAGAUGAGGUAGUAAUAUCAGGUCUUUUAAAACUGGAUCUGGUUUUGCUGUUUAACUAUUUGAAUUUGAAGUGCAAACGUUUUGCCCUCUCAAUCAACUCUUUCAAUUUUAGGAUUAGAACAAAAUGGAAAAGAUGAAAAAGAAGGUGAGAUUUUAAAUUCCGCAGGUCAUUGAUUCCUACUGAUUCAUUUUUUUCAAAAAUAUCGAUUACCUCAGGAGUUGUGCAAGAAAAUAAAUCAAAAGCACAUUUAAAUUAAAACUAACAAUCAAUAUGAGUAAAAUAACCUGUACACAAUCAAUUGACACAACACUCAUUUCAUUUUAAAAUACACAUACAAGUACACAUUAUUUGUAAAUGAAUUCACUAAAGUUAUGCCAUCCUUAACCAUACUAACAUCGCACUAAUACUAAAUCUUAACGCAUUAAUUGAUCAUUCAUGCUCACUAGCUCCUUGCAACUAAACUAUAAAACAAUCUAAAUUUCCAGUGUUAAAGCAGCCUGCAUUGAAAGCAUUUUCUUCGAGUGCAUGAAUGUUUUUACGUCAUGCUUGAGGAGUUGGCAUGAGUCAAAGGGGGUGGUGGAAAGGUUCACUAUUUCUCUUCUCCCCAAUUAAACACAUCAGCCAUUGCAUAAUGAACAUUAUUAUACAUUUUAGAGUCCACGGCUAGUUGUGGAACUCAGCGCAACCUACAGAGAAGUUAAAUAUCUGCUAGCAGUUUAGUGACUAAUCUGUAGAUUGUAUGCAGUGUGAUAUCCGGAAUAAUCAAAGUCUUGGCCUCGGCCUUGGGCUCUGCUUAUAACACUUACCUGAAAAUGAUAUUGAGUAUCCCUGAAAACUUCAUCUAAUAAAUAUUCAUAAACAAGCAUCUUUUGCUCCCCUCCCUAAGAGAGUUCUUGCAAUGCAUGCUAUUUCGUUAAGCCCCAGGAAAACUGAAACGUUUGAACCAGCUUUUGUUGCCUACAGCUGUACAGUUACAAUAAUAACAAUAAUAUUAUUGAUGUUGCAAAUAAUUUUAGAUAGAUUGUUUGUGCAAUUUGAAAUAACCACCGAUCGGAAAUACUGAUUGAAAGAUGAGGCACUACCUAUACAUGCACUUCAUCUGUCUUGACGUGAAACUUUAUAGGAGGGAUUUGAAUUCAGCUCCGGGGAAGAUUAGGGAAUUGCAGAGUUGAGUGACUAAAACAAAGAAAUGCCGCGUAAAUUGCAUAUAGAAUACCAAAUACCAAUCUUCAGAAGCCCGAGAAAGAUAUUCAGCAUAGAACCAAUUAAACACCUAUGGUCAGUCAAAGCCUAUUAUAAAACGAACGAAUUUUUUUCUAACUGAGAAAACACCAAACAGCAGGAGGCAAGAGACGAGUGUUUAUCAAGCAUAGAAUAAGCUACAAACAAUUCUUACCAGUUUUUUUAUCCGGUCAAAGUUUUCAGUGCCUUUUAUGUCGGCUCGAGGAUAGAUGUAGUGACGCUGUCCUCCAGUAUUUUCUUUCCUCUUGUACGGUUCAUAACCUUGGAAAAUUCCUUUUGGUUAGCGGUAUCCUGAACGCAAGUAAACGCUUGAACUGUGUAUUUCUUUUCACGAUCAAUUUGCAUUCUCUUGUAAUUUGCAUGUUUCGUUUCUGUGUUUUCUUCAGCCAAGAACAUUAAAAAAAUGCGAUCCCCGGGGACAUUGCUUUUGAAGUUAUUCCAAAACUCACAGCACGCGUUUUGAUCAAAUUUAAAUCUUCUUGCUCUUCGCGCUGGAAUUUCGUUUCUAAAACACUACAUCGGCUGAUCAGUCAUUAGUAUAUUUGCGCAGUCAAAAUAUUCGCGUCCAGACUUAUCGUGUUUUAAACCUUUUUUGCCCGUCCAAAGAUAUCCGUUUUUACAAGGAUUGGCUUUAAAUCAUCGUAAAAUUCUCCCUCUCCCCCUCUAAGAAUAAAAAUUUCAGUCAACAAAGUUGUCUCGUUUUCUUGCCAAGCUCCCGAGACCUUUUGAUUCUAAGGGCCUGUUUAUAUGGAGGUGGGAGAGCCCAGGUAGGUAAGGUAACCCGCCUGUCCACAUAAUCACUCAUUUUAAUUUGAUUACGUUUACAUGAUAGGUGGGGUGACCCGCCGCAUGUUACCUCACCUAUCUGGGGUCCCCCACCUCCAUGUAAACAGGCCCUAAGACGAGGGUAAGUGCGCGCGUAAAGAAGCGAAAGCGUGUUAGUUUUGGCGGGAACAAGCUACCACAUGUUAGAAGUUUUAUCAUUUUGCGCUCAGGAGAGAGCUUAACAUCCUUGGAUGAAAAUAAUUGUGUUGACUUUUCUGGCGAAAAAACAGUAGAACGAAGCUUUUCGGGGGAACCUAUUUUUUCAGAAUAGCCGUUAAAAAGCUUUUAAGUUUAAAUCCACCUAAUUGUCUCUUCGAUCUUCUAACGUAUAACUUUUCUUGUGGACUUCUGUUGAGUCUUUUAACGUUUCGAUUUACGAGAUUAGCGGCAAAGGAUGCUCUUUUUAAUAACCAGAAGUUUUUAGACUGUUCUCUAGUCUUCUUCAGCUCGUUUACAACAAAACAGUCUUGAUAGUGAAUGUGUACACACUGUUAAACCCAGAAGGGUUUCCUCGCAAGUUCGUCGAUCAAGUUGAGACGAGAGCAAAAAGGAGAAGAAAAACCAUUUUCUUUUGCUCUUGCUCCGACUUGCUUGGUACUCCGACAAUGUUGAACCUUGAAAACCAUACCCAGUUUAGCUGCACGUCUACGUUUAGGCCGAAUAGGGGAGUGUGUUCCGUAGGAGGUGGGGGUGGGGGAAAGGAGUUAUUUUGGGAGAGUGGUCUGACUCCCGUGUCAAACUUCUGAUCAGGUCCCUGUGCUGCAAGAGGUAUUAAUGGUAGUGUGUCUUGUGGGAGGUGGGGGAGUUUAUUUUGUUAGAGUGGUCUAAAUCCUGUGUCAAACUUCUGAUCAGGUCCCUGUGCUGCGAGAGAUAGGGGGAAUAUGGCCCGUGGGAGGUGGGGGUGUGGGGAAAUGGGUUAUUUUGAGAAAGUCGUCUGACUCCAGUGUCAAACUUCUGAUCAGGUCCCUGUGCUGCAAGAGAUCAUGAAAGUUGUGAUGGAUACUCAGAGGAUGCCUGUCAAUCUGAGUGGCUGAUUAAAAACUGUAAAAGGAAAUGUGGCCUUUGUCAAGGUAUGAAAGUACAUUGUAAUCCACCUUCUCCUAGCCUCGCGAGGGUUGAUUAGUCAUUCAGGGCGCGUGGCAUUUUUGAGCGACGUACGUCAACCGGAAGUUCGUGAUUUUCUCUUGUUAAAUGCCUUGACGCUACCAAAUUGGAUUGCUAAGUGUCUUUACUCUUAUAGAGACGAUUUGCUCAAAAACUGUGUUCAAAAUCGCCGCUCAAGAUUGCAAACAGUCCACUUCCGGUGGACGUGCGUCGCUCCAAAACGUCGCUGCUUAAACUCCCUAAUAAGGAUAAUACACUGGCAGUGAGGGUAGUGAGAGUAGAGAGAAAGAGUAAGCGUCGAUAGGAGCGAAUAGCAUUUCGUUUAACUAAGAGGACUAUGUGAUCUGACUAUGUAACUGCGUGAUGCCGUUCUAGUCAAAGACCCACAUUUCACCCUUGCUCGUCUGUAGCCCAGUAGUUAGAGCAUCCGCCGGAUUAGAUCUGGGGCGCGGAUUUUUUUCCGAGUUUCCAUUUGAUGCAAAAACGUAUCAUGUUGUUGUACUUCGACAAAAGACUCACUUAGACCAAUAAAAGCAGAGGGUAAAUGGAAGCCUACCUAUUAAAGGAAUGGAACGAUCCUUAACAGGGCAAGGCCAUUAUUGAGCAAGGGAAAGGCUGUUGUUAUUUAUUUCAAAUUUGAUCAGAAAGGGAAAUAGAAACGUUUUCAAACGGUAAAUGUUGUUAAAGGCGAAAAAAAGGAGAUGAAAUUUGUGUUUAACACUUCCAUUUUGAAGUGAACCAGGAAGGAGAUAGUUUUCAAAACAGUACAGAACAAUUCCUUUUUUGACGGAGACUUCGACUUUUUUCUUUCAGCACCAACACAAGCUCCACCAACAGUCGGUUUGGCGGCGCCAACAUCUUCUCCAGCAUACGGUUUGUGCGGUUUUCAUUCAUUUUUGUUUCAAAGUUCCUUGCGUUGAAUGGACUGUUUGUAAUAAUGCUGACAUAAAAUAUGUUGUCUCGUGGUAGCAGAGCAACUAGUGUCAAUUCAAACGUUGCGCUCAUUCGGGCAAAAUGCCUAAGAGACGGUUUACACUUUCGGCGCAUGUGUAAGCACAAUAUGCGCAGUCUCAGUGACGCAGUGUUCAUUAAGAGAAAACCUUAGAACAAACGCUCAAAUGAUCUUCUUUAGGCUGCCUGCGCCUCGACGAUCAACUUGUUCAACAUUCGUAUUGCUGAGGUAUUGUUGAUAAGCAAAGUUCUUGUACGCGUCUAUCAGAAGAGCCAAACUCAUCGGGCAGAAUGCCGCGAAUGUUAUGCAUAAUUGCGCGAAAUUCUACGGGAGACUUCAGAACAGUAAGGAAAAUUGCCUGAAACCAUCUACAGUAAGAGCAUGUACGUUUUGCGGACUUACAGGGUUAUUUCUUAUUAAAGCUUUGUAAUAGUAAAUGCAAUAUUUUUUUUUGUCCUUUCUACAGCUAAUAAGACGUUAAUAGUGCACCUGCCAGGGAGAGCAAGUGAGUCACUCAAAUUACAUUUUGUGUGCAUUGAACAUUAAAUCAUCGUUUUAUUUCUAUACAAUUUAAAUUAAUAUAUUUAACACGAGAUUGAGUUUUAAAUCUAAGGUGUUUCCCAUUUGUACGGAAAGGCCGGUAAGACUGAAUUCCCCACCAAAUGUAGUAGUAACACUUUUCGCGAGAGCAUGCUUACUAACAACUGGUCACAACUAAAAAGGUCACCAAUAAAAGUAGGAUACAAGUCAUGCAUUUCGUUACUGAGCACAGCACAACGCUGGAGGUAUUCCUUUACCCUUGCCUUUACCAAAAGAUUUCCAGCGAAAGCGACUGUUCCAUUUUCAUUCCCGCCAGAACCACGGGGUUUUUGGUGGAGUAAACUGAAAGGCUGAGCCCACGCAAGUAUUUUUAGACCGAACUACAUUGAACAGUCUUUUGACAGGCCAAAUUAGCGAAUAAUUAACAUUUAUUGGACGAGGUUGAGCAAAAUAUCGUGAUUUGUCAGUGGCGAGCAGAUCAAUUAUUUGCCAAAGUCGAAGGCUGAGGCAAAUAAUUGAUCUGUGAGACACUGACAAAUCACGAUAUUUUGCGCUAACCGAGUUCAAUAAUCGUUUUAUCAUUCGAUCACCGUGUUUGUUUUUUUAAUGAAUAUCUUCGGGAAGCUAAGCAAUCUGCCAUUUUCACGGAAUAGCGAUCGCAAGAAGGAGAAAAGCAUGCUUUCAUUUAGGCAUGAACAGAUAUUAUUUGCAGCCAAACAGAGUAGAGCGACAUUGUGCGUGAGCAGACCAUUAUUUGUAGGCAGUUAUUUGCAGAUCACGUGGUGGGCUCUCGGCCAAUGAAAAGGAAGAAAAUUUUGCAACGAAUGAUGAUUCCAAUUUUGUUUCCUACUUUUCUCUUUAUGUAGACUGCUACUAUGACGGUAUUUUACACGAGCAUGGUGAACGCUGGUCCCCAGGCCCCUGCACUCCCGAAUGCAAGUGCGAUGAUGGCAAAAUCCGCUGUACGCUGAUCGAGUGUCCGGAACUCAGCUGCAACAACCCGAUCAAGAAACGAUGGAAAUGCUGCCCAGAAUGUCCAGCGGAAGAAGGUGAGAAACGUGAGCGAUAAUAUCCGAACAUCUUCCGUAGCGUCUCAGCAACUUCCGUGGCCAUCUUCUCAAUACAUUUAAGGUCGUGUAAUUUAGGUUCGAAGUGUGUAACAAUUCCGCAUGAAGAUUUCCGAAGUCCUGUAUACUUGACAUUUAGAACAAGAACAAAAAUUGUCCAUUGUUCCAUGGAAAUUUGCUUCUGGACGAAAAUUGCUUGUCCCUUUGGAUAAUUAUGUUUCGUAAAGUAAAGUGCCUAUAAGGGUAACUUAUCGUAAUGUCCAAAAAAACUGUGCCCUACCGGUCAAAACGUUUUUCAAUCCAUAUCAUCUUUUCCCUAAAACGUCUUCAAUAAUGUGCGCUGAAAAUAAAAUGCCUCCUCUCGAUCGACCACGACAAUCGUAUUACAGGGCACGAAUGUCAGCUAUAGCGGACAAAAGAUUGCCAACGUUUUGUACUGUCAAAUAACUGUUCCAUGUGCGACAUUUUGCUGAUCACUUCUUAUAUUUUCCAGCAAACUUCUGUGGGCAUUCCUCAGUAAAAUGUCCUUGUAAGGUACAAAAGAGUGUAAACGGAACUUUUACCUCUAUCAUAGAGACUCUGAGUCAUAAAGUACUGUUCUAUUCCAGGUCUGAAUGCGCGCUGUGUAGAAACAGAAGGUGGAACGAGCAACGGCGCGUGUUGCGUGUUUCCUUUUAUUUACCACGGUACACAGUACUUUGAGUGCAUGGAUGAUGAAAACAAGAAACCUUGGUGCNUAUACUUGACAUUUAGAACAAGAACAAAAAUUGUCCAUUGUUCCAUGGAAAUUUGCUUCUGGACGAAAAUUGCUUGUCCCUUUGGAUAAUUAUGUUUCGUAAAGUAAAGUGCCUAUAAGGGUAACUUAUCGUAAUGUCCAAAAAAACUGUGCCCUACCGGUCAAAACGUUUUUCAAUCCAUAUCAUCUUUUCCCUAAAACGUCUUCAAUAAUGUGCGCUGAAAAUAAAAUGCCUCCUCUCGAUCGACCACGACAAUCGUAUUACAGGGCACGAAUGUCAGCUAUAGCGGACAAAAGAUUGCCAACGUUUUGUACUGUCAAAUAACUGUUCCAUGUGCGACAUUUUGCUGAUCACUUCUUAUAUUUUCCAGCAAACUUCUGUGGGCAUUCCUCAGUAAAAUGUCCUUGUAAGGUACAAAAGAGUGUAAACGGAACUUUUACCUCUAUCAUAGAGACUCUGAGUCAUAAAGUACUGUUCUAUUCCAGGUCUGAAUGCGCGCUGUGUAGAAACAGAAGGUGGAACGAGCAACGGCGCGUGUUGCGUGUUUCCUUUUAUUUACCACGGUACACAGUACUUUGAGUGCAUGGAUGAUGAAAACAAGAAACCUUGGUGCUCCACCACUUCUAACUAUGACAUUGAUGGAAUGUGGGGACACUGCCUCGGUAAGAAAGCCAAAUAGAAACCAUAGGAACCUUGGGGAUGCUAGAAACCAUACGUCUGAAUCAAGUACAUUAUGACAAAGAUACUAACACACUCGGGUUUAAACGCUGUGUAGCGUCACCCUUGAAGGUCACACAGGUUCGAGGUUAACUGAUCAUUUGCAAAUAGUAUUAUCACUACACUAACUAGCGCAGAAAGAUUGUAAUCCGAAAUUUUGGUAACUCCUUUCAAAACUAAAACGCCGGUAACGGCACGUUAACACGUGUGAAACGCGUGAAAUGGUGAACUCGCACAUGGUACCUAUCUGCGAGUAAACAAGACCCGUGUAUAGUGCAUGUAUGUGAUUUUUCCACACAUUUGUGUACCUUUUCCUGUGUACAUACCAAUAAAACGUUAUCUUAUUAUUGGGUUGCCUGUGGCAAAGCCCAAUAAAGUUCUGAGUUCUGUUUAAAAAAUACAAAAUGUCGGACGCAUAACCAAGAGGGCGUUGCGUAUCCCGCGCCAGCUACAAUGGGACGAUUACUUGACUUUUGUGGGAAAGGGUAGGGCUUGGUCAUUUCAGAUACAUACAAACAGACUUGAAACUAUUUAAAUUAGUUAAUAGGUUCACUUUAUCGCGAGCGGCUGGUAGACCAAUGUAUCGUAAUUAUGGGGGUGUUAUUUAAUCAAGUAGCUGACACUCCAAUUGCUCUUUCAUCAGCAGAAUCCCAAGAAACCUUGGAAACGGAACAGCCUGGUCAGGGGGCCACUGGGAGACCUCUUUCUGACGAGUACGCGUCCACUGCAGCCAUAUCUCCAACCCCUCUUCCAUCAACGUUUGCCGGUAAAAUACAAUCGAGUGUUUUGUAG